AUGCCGCGAAGUAAAAAAGGCAAACGUGGCUCCACAAAAGCCGGAUCGCUUCGCCAAGAGGUUCUUCAGCUGCAGUUAACGGCUAAAGCCUCACUGAAAGGUGCCAAAAAUGGAGUGAAGGUAGAAUCGGGAGCCAGUGACGAUGAGCUGAUGUCAGACGUACUCAGCCACUACAGCAGUGCAAGUGAAGGCACCUCUGUUCUAGAAGAGGGCACAGGAGGGGAGCAGGUGGACGAACAGACUGCUCAAGAAGAAAUAGAAGAUAAACUCAAACUGUGCAUUGACAACCUUACAGACAAAAGCGCAAAGACUCGACUCGGAGCCCUCGAGUCAUUGCGGCAGGCUUUCUCAUCCAAAGUGUUGUAUGAAUUCCUAACGGAGAGACGCUUCACGGUUAGCGAUUGCUUAGAGAGAAGCCUCAAAAAAGGCAACGCGGAGGAGCAAGCCAUGGCAGCGACAGUCUUUGCCCUUCUCUGCAUCCAGUUGGGUGGUGGAGAAGAGGCGGCAGAAGGCUUCAACAUGCUGCGGCCCAUCCUAACCAGCAUCCUCAUUGACAACACUGCAAGCAUGACAGCACGGCAGAGCUGUGCAAGAGCUUUGGGAAUGUGUUGCUAUGUCUCUGCUGCUGAUGAUGGCGAGGACUUGAUCAGGUCAUUGUCUCUUCUGGAGAGCGUGUUCAUGUCUUCCUACCCCAACAGACAGGGAAUGCUGCCAACACCCAAACCUGGCAUUUCAGGGCUUCAUUGCGCCACCAUGCAGGCCUGGUCCCUACUUGUCACCCUUUGUCCCCCAUCCAAACUCUCUGUGUUGCUACACCUUCAUCUGCCCAAGCUGCAAGCUUCUCUACAAAGUAGUGACGUCAACUACAGGAUCACUGUGGGAGAAACCAUUGCCUUGCUGGUGGAGCUAGGACGGGAAAUAGAUGAGGACUUUGAGGUGGAGGAUGGUGAAAGUCUGUGUGAAAGUCUGAAGAGUUUAGCAACUGACAGUCACAAACAUCGUGCCAAGAAUGACAGAAGGAAACAGCGCUCAAUCUUCAGAGAGGUUUUACACUACAUCGAGAACGAUGACUUUACGGAAGAGAAGAUCAGGUUUGGAGUGGAGAGUGUGUACAUUGAUAGCUGGAUGAGGCGAAGAAUCUACGACGCUUUCAAAGAGAUCCUGGAGUCUGGCGUCAGAUACCAUCUACAGUUCAACCCACUUCUGAGAGACAUCGUUGGUCUCGGCCCACCCAUCAUCAUUGAUGCGACCAACAAGGCAAACAAGAUCUCACGAUUUGAGAAACGUCUUUUCAACUCUGCUGCCUUCAAGGCCAGAACAAAGCAGAGGAACAAAGUCAGGGACAAACGGGCGGACGUCAUGUGA